GCAUUCCACCAUUUUCCAGUGGAAUUUUGCAGACGCGGCUCUGGCCACACUGUUCGGUACACAACAUAAUCCUGCUUGUCGCCCACUUGUUUUCGUUCAUUUUAAACUUGAACUAAUAAGGAAGGAAUAGCCUGCCAACAUUAUCAAUAACCGCAAUCGACGCCAAAUCGCUAGUUACGCCUCUUCCUUUUCGUAGACCCCGUUUUCGUUUCGUUGAUUCCGCCCGAGUUGAGUUCACUGCAAGCGUACGGCGAAAGUUCAGAACCAGAUCUUUGCAAGCUUCCGCGACAACACAAGCCUUGCGAUGAGUGCGCAACCAAGUCCGCUCAUGAAUCCCCAGCAGCAGCAGCAGACCGAGCAGGAGAAGGUGUACCAGUGGAUCAAUGAGCUGGCCCAUCCGGACACCCGGGAGACCGCUCUGCUAGAGUUGAGCAAGAAGCGCGAGACCGACCUGGCCCCCAUGCUGUGGAACAGCUUUGGGACCGCAUGCGCCCUGCUGCAGGAGAUCGUUAACAUAUACCCCUCGAUAACACCGCCCACUUUGACGGCCCACCAGUCGAACCGCGUGUGCAACGCCCUGGCGCUGCUGCAGUGCGUAGCCUCACACCCGGAGACGCGCACGGCCUUUCUGCAGGCCCAGAUACCCCUGUACUUGUACCCCUUUCUGUCGACAACAUCCAAGACCAGGCCUUUCGAGUACCUGCGUCUGACCAGUCUAGGCGUGAUUGGAGCUCUGGUAAAGACCGACGAACAAGAGGUGAUCACCUUCUUGCUGACCACCGAGAUCGUGCCCCUUUGCCUUAGCAUCAUGGACAGCGGAUCGGAGCUGAGCAAGACUGUAGCCACUUUCAUCAUCCAGAAGAUACUGUUGGAUGAGUCCGGUCUGUCGUACAUCUGCCAGACCUACGAACGCUUCUCGCACGUGGCCAUCACCCUGGGCAAAAUGGUCAUACAGCUGUCGAAGGAUCCGUGCGCUCGGCUGCUGAAGCAUGUGGUGCGCUGCUAUCUGCGUCUCUCGGAUAAUACGCGCGCUCGCAAGGCCCUGGGACAGUGCUUGCCCGAUCAGCUCCGUGACGGCACCUUCGCGCUGUGCCUGCAAGACGACAAGUCCACCAAGCAGUGGCUGCAGAUGCUGCUCAAGAACCUGGAGCUCGGCGCCAAUCCGCAGCAGAUCGGCAUGUCGCCACUAGGCUCCUAGAAAGUGGAAGUGCCACCCCCAACCACUUCCGCACAAUUCCGAGUAUUGCUAAGGCAUUCAAGCGUCCUUGCAAGCGCUGAUCGAUGAGUGAUCCCCACUGCUAGUUAACUGCCCGACCGAAUAUACAUAUUUCAUAAGCUUGCACGAGAUUGCCUGUGUCUAACUUAAGCAGAGUUGUAAUAUAACUACAUAUAUCUACAUAUAAAAUAAUGUUAAUACUAAGAUUGUCACUGAUAGCCAAUAAAGAACCUCAAGCAGACGAUA